AUGAAACUUUUAAAAACUGUUAUUUUUUGCGCUCCCGUUUUCGCCGGAAUUCCAAAAUGUUGGGAAACUGAAGGUUCCGGCUCUUUUUCCGGCGAUUUUUCUGGAGAUGGCGAAACCGAAGAACUGCCCGGCCAAGGCGAUAUUUACGACUAUUUCAAGUUCAACGAAGAAACAGGCAAAAUAGAAUUCCACCACGAUUUCUCAGCAUACGAUGGCGAGUGCUAUCUUCAGCCAUCGAACAAAGAGCUCAGCUAUUUGAAAAACAACUGCUGGAACAUCCGUUUUGUCGACCCCAAUCGCCCAGAUCCGAUCCCACUCGAUCCAACAGACUUCGAACUUGACGGUUUCAGUGGAAGCAUCACCGCCGGUUUCGCCUUUGUCGACCGCGACUCUGCUGAUAAUUCAACUUCAAGUUUCUGUUCUCAAGCUUCGAUGCUAAUGACGGACGAACAAGAGCUGAUUUUCGUGAUGAGAAAUUCUCAGCGACAUUGCGCUCCAGUUGAAUUUGAGUCGAUGGAAUUGCCAGAAACCUGUUGCGAUUUUUCGCAGUUUCCUGCGCGUCGACAGAUGAAUCUUGAAGACUACGCCUGGCAAACUUGCGGCAUCGACAACAUGAAAAUCGAGAUCGACCGCUGCGCCAUGGUCUACUACGGCUUUUCCAUCGACGAUUUGAACCUGGAUGGGCCAGAGGGUGGUACGGGACUCGGCCUAGCUGCUGGAGAUGAUGAUCAUUGCAUGGGAGAAUUUAGUGAAGAUGGAGACAGGUUUGUCUGGACAUUGGAGGAAAGGGAUAGCUGCAGAACUCAUCGAGAGGCUAAUUCGACGCAUUACACCUUGUCAAAUGCUGUCUCAGGGCGAACGGGUCUUCAAGUUGGCAAAAUCACUAGAAUUCGCGAAGCAAAAGUCAAUUUCGCGUGCACUUACCCAAUCUCACUGACAGUAUCAGCGUUUAACAUGGGCUAUUUGCAAACUGUCGUCCCCGCAGGAAUCGUCAAUUUGAAAUCGACGGCUGUGCAACUCGACUAUCAAAUGGCGAUUUACAAGGACGCUACUUACGAGGAUUUUGUUGAGGCGGAUGCGGAAUUUGAUGUCCCAGAAAAAAUCUUUGUUGGAAUCUCCACAACCGCUCCUGGAGACCUCAAACUUGGCGUCGAGAAAUGCUGGUUCACUGGUUCUCCCGAUCCUGCUGAUGCUCUCUUCUAUACUUUCAUCGAAGACGGAUGCGGGGAAACAAAUGCUGAGGAGGGUUCAAUCGAGAUUUUCCAGAAUUUCGGGAGCUCCGAUGCGAGAUUUUCCGUCAAAAGCUUUUUGUUUGACGGCGAUGAAAGUUCUUCAUUAUAUUUACACUGCGAUGUACGAUUGUGCGCGGACUGCGAUAACACUUGCGAUAGCGAUGCAACCAGAAAGCGACGGGAGCUCCUUGUUCUAGAAAAUACAGACGAUUUGGUUUCUCACUUGUCCUUGGAAAUGCCGAUUCAAACGAGAAAGGAGCAGCCUCGAUUUCGAGGUUUUUUUCAAAGAAGACCAUUUUUAAAAUAA